GCCGCCGCCACCGCCACCACCGCCGCCGCCACCGCGGGAGCCGGAGCUGCCGGGCGCAGCGGCGUCCGCGCCAGACUGGAGCGGGAGGGUGGCCGAGCGCAGUUGCUGGGAAUUUGUCAGCCGGGAGGGCGAGCGGUCGGGAGAGAGACCCCGCGAGCUGGGGAGCGGUGGGGAGCGCGAGCGCCGGAGCGAGCCGAGCCAGCCCCGAAAUAGCUCUAGAAAGCCAGGUUGCCGGAGGAAAUGGGACUGUGACCGAACCGGGGAGCAAGAAGGGAAGGAAGCGCCGGGCUUGCUGAUGUCAGAGGAGCCCGUAAAGUCGCGCUGGAAAAAUCUGAAGGCAGCCGGGGCUCUGCUGCUUCCCCAGGAGAGACACCGCCAGCCACCCCCACACGCCCCCUCGGCGCCUCCGGGUUCCCCCCGCGAGCCGGCGACAGCGCGCCGCGGGGCUGCUGCGGGGCGACGGGGGACUGAGGGGCGCGCGGACCGGAGACCGAGGGGCCACUUCAGGAAUACAGAUAAGUGGCUGGCGGCUGGACGUGGAUUUUAAUGAAUUUGGACUCCAUGUGGAUUUGGUCGUCCCCGUGAUUGGGAGCUGCGGGCAGCGAAAGGGGCAGCGCGCCACCCUCGGCAGCCGGCGGCCGAGGCGGACGGGCCGAGAGCGGAAGGACAGACCGACGUCGCCGAGCUGGAAUCAUGUGAGGGCCGGCCGGGAAGGUGGAGUAGAUGAGAACCCAGAGGAUCUGUGUCCUCGUCCCCGCCCCACUCAGAAUGGAACAGAGGAGGCCCUGGCCACGGGCUGCAGAGGUUGACGGCUGGUCUGUGGUCCUGCUCUCUGUGGUCUGGGUGCUGCUGGCCCCCGGGGCGGCCGGCAUGCCUCAGUUCAGCACCUUCCACUCGGAGAACCGGGACUGGACCUUCAACCACCUGACCGUCCACCGAGGCACGGGCGCGGUGUACGUGGGGGCCAUCAACCGGGUGUACAAGCUGACGGGCAACCUGACCAUCCAGGUGGCUCACAAGACGGGGCCGGAAGAGGACAACAAGUCCUGUUACCCACCCCUCAUCGUGCAGCCCUGCAGCGAGGUGCUGACCCUCACCAACAACGUCAACAAGCUGCUGAUCAUCGACUACUCAGAGAACCGCCUGCUGGCCUGCGGGAGCCUCUACCAGGGCGUGUGCAAGCUGCUGCGGCUGGACGACCUCUUCAUCCUGGUGGAGCCCUCGCACAAGAAGGAGCACUACCUGUCCAGCGUCAACAAGACCGGCACGAUGUAUGGCGUGAUCGUGCGCUCCGACGGCGAGGACGGCAAGCUGUUCAUCGGCACGGCCGUGGACGGCAAGCAGGAUUACUUCCCGACCCUGUCCAGCAGGAAGCUGCCCCGCGACCCCGAGUCCUCCGCCAUGCUCGACUACGAGCUGCACAGCGACUUCGUCUCCUCCCUCAUCAAGAUCCCCUCCGACACCCUGGCCCUGGUCUCCCACUUCGACAUCUUCUACAUCUACGGCUUCGCCAGCGGGGGCUUCGUCUACUUCCUCACGGUGCAGCCGGAGACCCCCGAGGGCGUGGCCAUCAACUCGGCGGGGGACCUGUUCUACACGUCCCGCAUCGUGCGCCUCUGCAAGGACGACCCCAAGUUCCACUCCUACGUGUCCCUGCCCUUCGGCUGCACGCGGGCCGGGGUGGAGUACCGCCUCCUGCAGGCCGCUUACCUCGCCAAGCCCGGGGACUCCCUGGCCCAGGCCUUCAACAUCAGCGGCCAGGAUGACGUGCUCUUUGCCAUCUUCUCCAAAGGCCAGAAGCAGUAUCACCACCCGCCCGACGACUCUGCCCUCUGUGCCUUCCCCAUCCGGGCCAUCAACCGGCAGAUCAAGGAGCGCUUGCAGUCCUGCUACCAGGGCGAGGGCAACCUGGAGCUCAACUGGCUGCUGGGGAAGGAUGUCCAGUGCACCAAGGCGCCCGUCCCCAUUGAUGACAACUUCUGUGGACUGGACAUCAACCAGCCUCUCGGAGGCUCGACUCCAGUGGAGGGACUGACCCUGUAUACUACCAGCCGGGACCGCAUGACCUCAGUGGCCUCCUACGUUUACAAUGGCUACAGCGUGGUUUUUGUGGGGACGAAGAGUGGCAAGCUGAAAAAGGUAAGAGUCUGUGAACCCAGACACGCCAAUGCCUUCCAGCCCCUUCUGGAAGGUUGCUGUUGGUGGACAUUUAACACAGGCAACUCUUCCCUUUCUUGGGCAGGGGGGUUAGCAUGGGGGUGGGUAGGUAGGGGUUAAUUUUGUGGCGUAUCUUCUAGCUGCUUCUUCCAGUCAUUAGUGAGUGAGUGUCUAGGGAACGUGAGCAUAUUUCGGUACUGCCCAGACGUCACGGGAUUAGGAAGGUACAUCACCCGAAGGGAGGGAGAUAGAAUCAUCCUUUAUCUCCAAAUCAAGUAGAACCGAUGCUUUGACCAUCUGUAUUUUGAAUCGCCCACCUCACACAUCCUUUCCCACAGUUUAUAGAGUUGAUUGUACUGGUCAGAAGUCUUUGCUGCGUCCUGGUUGAAGCAGGUCAUGGGUCCCACAUCCAAGGACCCAGGCAAAGGAUCGUGCUGCUUUGAUGAUGGCCUGGGGUGGCUGGGUGACUUACCGCUCUCCUGCCUUUCCUCUUCCCACGAUCACAGACUCUUCCCCGCCCUUCCACUC